AUGGAUUUCCCGGCGCUAGCGGCCGCUCUAAUGAGCAAUGACAACGCGACGCGCAAGCAGGCCGAGGCUUCGUACGAGGCCUUUAAGGCUGAGCAGCCGCAGACCCUUGUGGCCAGCCUGGUGCAGCUGCUGCGCACGGCUCCCGAGCCGGAAGCACGCGCCUUUGCCCCUGUGCUGCUGCGUCCGCUGGUGGAGGUGAAAGCUGGCGUCUACACCAAGCUUGACGCCGCUGCGCAGGCCACAUUGAAGGCUCAGUUGCUGGAGGCUGUGGCCAGCGAGCCCGUUGCACAUAUCCGCCGCAAGCUUGGCCACUUGAUCGCCGAGCUGGCCGCCAUCUCGGAGACGUUUGAGCAAUCGUGGCCCGAGCUUCUCAGCGCUGUCUCGGCGCUCACCACACACGCUGAUGCGCUGCUGCGCGUGACGGCCUUCGAUUUGCUGGCCAAAUUGGCCGAGUACGUCGGCGACCUGCUGGCCCCUCACAAGGAGAGCUUCCUCACACUCUUCACGAACUCACUGAACGACGCCAAUGGAGAAGUGCAGAUCGCCAGCCUCAAAGCCGCUUCGGCCUUCCUUCUCACACUCGAGGACAAGCAGGAAUUGUCGGCCUUUGCAAUUAUCAUCGCUCCCAUGUUGCGCAUCAUUGAAGUCCUAGUUAACGCCGGCGACGAAGUUGCCUUCCGCGAGGUGUUGUCGGCUCUUGUCCAGAUCGCCGAGGUGCAUCCCAAGUUCUUCCGCAACUCGCUGGACGAUGUUGCCCGCGCUAUGAUCUUCGUUUGUUCGUCACAGGAGCUCGACUCAGAGACCCGUGAGCUCGCUUUGGAGUUCCUCAUCUCGCUAUGUGAGAACGCUGGCGGUAUGGUGCGCAAGUCGCAGUUUAUCGUGACGAACGUGGUGCCUCUGGUUAUCCAGCUCAUGUGUGAAGUCGAGGAGGACGAGUCGUGGGUGCAGAAGUUCGACGACCCCGAGUCUUUCACUGAGUCUAACGAUGCUGACAACUCGGUCAGUAACGCUGGUGCGGCUGCCAUCGACCGCCUGAGCACUUCUCUGGGCGGCAACGCCGUGCUGCCUGUGGCCAUCCCGGUCAUCAAGGGCUUCCUAGGCGAUGCCGACUGGCGUAAGCGUCGUGCCGGUCUGUAUGCUACCUGUUUGCUGGGCGAGGGCGCCAAGUCACUCAUGACGCGUGAACUGGACAACGUUGUGGGUAUGGUACUGCCCUUCCUGAACGACCAGCACCCGCGUGUACAGUACUCUGCGCUGCACAGUAUUGGCCAGUUGGCCGAGGACUUCGGUGAGGUGGAGAAGGGCAAGAACUUCCAGGCCAAGUUCCACGCCGUCGUGAUGCCUGCGCUUACAGCGUUGAUUCAGAACGAACAAGGUGUGCUGCGUACUCGCGCUCUGGCGGCCAGUGUGGUCAUCAACUUCUGCAACACCAACGUGUGCAAGGCCAAGUACGUGGCCCCGUACAGCCAAGCUCUGCUUGAAGCACUCUUCAACGCUAUGCGUUCGUGUCCGCGUCAGGUGCAGGAACAGGCAAUCACUGCUGUGGCCAGUGUGGCCAAGGUGAUUGGAGACGAGUUCCUCCGCUUCUACGACAUUUUCAUCCCGCUGGCCAAGGAGGUGCUGACGAACGCCCAUGGUAAGGAAUACUCUCUGCUGCGUGGUAAGUCGAUGGAGUCGAUUGCGCUUAUCGGCCAGGCUGUGGGCAAGGAGCGUUUCGUGAACGACGCCAAGGAGAUCAUGGAGAUUCUGGUGCGCGUCCAGUCGAGCGAAGAACUCGAGGGCCCGGAGGUGCAGUACGUGGCCCAGUCGUGUGUGCGUAUCGGCAGCAUCCUGAAGGAAGACUUCGUGCCUUAUCUGCCUCACGUGAUCCCGUCGCUCAUCAAACAGGCUCAGAUCCAGCCUGACAUUCAGCUGUCGGAUGUUGUUGACGGUGAUGUCGAGGAGGAUGGCGAGACUGCUGAUGGCAAGGAAACGAUGACACUGGAGAUCCGCGGGGUGGGCAAGAAGCGUCUGGAGAUCAACACGAGUGCUCUGGAGGACAAGACCAACGCUUGCAACAUGCUGUACCAGUCAGCUCUUGACUUGGAAGGCUGGUUCUACCCGUACGUGGCUGAGGUGGCCCAGGUGAUGAUCCCGUUGAUUGAUUUCACAUACGUCGAGGACAUUCGCAUCGUGAGCAGCUUGACGAUGGCCAAGCUGCUGAACUGUGCGGUGGAUGGCACGCUGAAUCAUGGCCAUGGGGCGACUGCACCGCAGUUCCCGCAGCAGCUUUUCGAGAAGUUUUUUGAGCCGAUGCUCAAGGGUUUGCAGGAGGAAGAGGACUUGGAGUGCCUUGGCGCUUUCGCUGAGGCCAUGUCGGCCGUCCUGGAAGUGUGCAAGGAGAGUCAGGACAAGGGAUUCCAGGUUGGCAUCCCGCUGGAACAUGUUCCGCGUGUGGUGGAGAUCUUCAAGACCGUGGCGUCCAACAGUGCUCAGCGUCUGAUGAUUCAGCACCAGGAGAACCAGCAGGAUGAGGACUACGACGCUGAAGCUGCUCUGCAACAGACCGAGAACGACGAGCUGGAAGAGGGCGUCUUCCGCUCGAUGGUCGACUCGAUCGGCUGGAUCAUCAAGACUCAGAAGGAGGCUUUCUUUCCGGUGUUCCAGGCCCACCUGCUGGCGUUUGUGACGCCACUGCUGGAGCAGAAGACCGUGCCGAUGCUGCGUGGUCAGGCUAUCUGCAUGAUCGACGACAUCAUCGAGCACUGUGGGGCUGCUGCCCAGGAGCUGGUGCCGCUGUUCCUGAACCACCUUGUACAGGGCCUUGAGGACCAGAGCCCGUCAGUCAUCCAGGCGUCCGCUUACGGCAUCGGUGUCAGUGCUGAGAAGUGCGGAGCUGCUUUCGAUCCGUUCUGUCAGAACGCCCUAGAGAAGCUGGUGCACCUGAUCAACGUCUCGGCCAACGUGGACGACGACGAAGUUGGCGCUGCCCGUGACAAUGCUAUCAGUGCUGUGGCCAAGAUCUGCCUGGCUCGUGAGGGUGCCGUGGAUGCGGCGAAGUUGUGGUCCAUGUGGCUCAGCUGGCUGCCGCUUCGUACGGAUGUGCUCGAGGCUCGCGAAGUACACGCUCGUCUCAUUGCACUGGUGAACAGUGGCAACGCUCAUGUGCUCGGCGCCGACUACGCUAACCUUCCCCAGAUUCUGAAGGUGUUCGCUUCUGCUCUCCUGUUCGACCUGGCGGAGGCAGACGAGGUCGCUGACGAUGAGGACAUGGCGACCAUCUCGGAGGAGUCUAAGCCUCAGCUCCGUGAGCUGCUGGCCAAGUUGCAGUCUCAACUGCCUGGUCCGGUGGUGCAGGGUGCUUGGGCGAAGCUCAGUGGCGACGAGCAACAAGCUCUGUCUCAGCUGUAA